GGGUGAAAUGGGGAGGGGAUCAGGCCGUGUUUUGCUGCUGCUGGCAUUGGCUCUCUUCCUCACGCUGCAGAUCACCCCGGCGUCCGCUGUCCCAAAGGGCUAUUGCGUCUUCUUCGAUGACCUGGCAUCUUCGUCCUCUCUGCUAAAUGGACUCACUCAAGUGUACAGCGUAUUGUAUCGCUUGGAUGCCAUCAGCGCCAUCGGGUUGCUGAUCGAAGAAACUUUGGUGCCAGACCUCCUAAAGCUCGAUCGGGUGGUGGCCGUGAUCCCUGACAAGCUCUACAAGCCCCAGACGACGCAUUCGUGGGAGUUCCUCGGGCUCGAGUCAGGUGGCAAACGAAACCCUGAGUGGGAGCAAGCUACCAAGUAUGGUCAGGGAGUCAUCAUCGCAAACGUCGACACUGGUGUAUCGCCAACAUCUGCGAGCUUUCGAAAUGACGGCUUGAUGGUUGACCCGUCCAAGUGGCGCCAUCGCGACACGUGCGACGCUGGCAACGACCCCACCUUUCAAUGCAACAACAAGUUGAUCGGCGCGAGGUUCUUCAGCAAGGCCGUCCAGGUGGAGAGCUUGCACCACGGCAACUCCAGCCGGCUGAACCGCACGGACCUCAACUCGCCGCGGGACCACGACGGGCACGGCACCCACACGCUGUCGACCGCCGGCGGCGGCUUCGUCGACGGCGCCGGCGCCUUCGGCCACGGGGCCGGCACGGCGAAAGGCGGCUCGCCGCGGGCGCGCGUGGCGUCCUACAAGGCGUGCUUCCUGCCCAACGCCUGCUCCGGCAUCGACAUCCUGAAGGCCGUCGUCACGGCUGUCGACGACGGCGUGGACGUGCUCUCGCUCUCCCUCGGCGAGCCGCCCGCGCACUACAUCACGGGGCUCAUGGAGCUGGGAGCGCUGUACGCGGUCCGGAAGGGAGUCGUCGUCGUCGCCGCCGCCGGGAACGACGGCCCGGAGCCCGGCUCCGUCACCAAUGUGGCUCCCUGGAUGUUCACCGUCGGCGCGAGCACCAUGGACAGAGACUUCCCGGCUCUAGUCACCUUCCGUGUCACCACCACCAACACCACCAAAACCAUCAAGGGACGAAGUCUGUCAGACAGCACUGUGCCUGCCGGCCAGGAACAUCCGAUGAUCAGCGGGGAGAAGGCCAGUGCCACGGAAUCCACUAAAAACUCGACCCUGUGCUUGCCCGGCUCACUGGACCAGGCAAAGGUGAAGGGGAAGAUCGUGGUGUGCACCCGGGGCGUGAACGGCAGGAUGCAGAAGGGGCAGGUGGUGAAGGAGGCCGGCGGCAUCGGCAUGGUCCUCUGCAACGACGAGAGCUCCGGGGACAGCACCGACGCGGACCCGCAUGUCAUCCCGGCGGCGCACUGCUCCUUCUCCCAGUGCAAGGAUCUCCUCACCUACCUACAGUCAGAAUCGCCGGUCGGUGACAUCACAGCAAUGGAUGCAGAGCUCGGUGUGAAGCCGGCGCCGGUGAUGGCGGCCUUCUCGUCCCGCGGGCCCAACACCAUCACUCCUCAGAUCCUCAAGCCUGACAUCACGGCGCCGGGCGUGGGCGUGAUCGCCGCGUACGGCGAGCUGGAGGCGACGGCGACUGACCUGCCUUCCUACAACAUACUGUCCGGCACCUCCAUGGCGUGCCCCCACGUGGCGGGCAUCGCCGGCCUGCUCAAGACCAAGUACCCGGAAUGGAGCCCCGCCAUGAUCAAGUCCGCCAUCAUGACCACCGCCGACAACUACAGCCAAAUCCAGGAAGAGACGGGCGCGGCCGCCACGCCGUUGGGCUUCGGCGCGGGCCACGUCAACCCGCUCAAGGCCCUGGACCCGGGCCUGGUAUACGACACCACUCUGGGCGAGUACGCCAGCUUCCUCUGCGCCACCAGCACCAAGCCCAGCCAGGCCCAGACCCUCACCGGCAUCCUGGGCCUGGCCGCCGGUGGGCUGCUCCGGCUUCCGUUCCCGCUGUUCUCGCGCCUGCUCUCCCUGCUCCUGGACAUCAGCCCCUUCCAAUGCAGCAGCAGCUUCCGCCCUGAGGACCUCAAUUACCCGUCCAUCGCCGCCGUUUGCCUCUCGCCUGGCACCCCGGUCACGGUGAAGCGCCGGGUGAAGAACGUGCUGGAUGCGACGACCACCACGCCGAGAUUGUACGCCGUCGCCGUCGUGCCGCCGGCUGGGAUCAAGGUCACGGUGGAGCCUGGCACCUUGAGCUUUGGUGAAAUGUACGAGGAGAAGGUGUUCAGUGUGAAGAUGGAGGUCUAUGACGCCGCCUUGGCCGCUGACUAUGUGUUCGGAAGCAUUGAGUGGUCGGACUCGGACGGGAAGCAUCGUGUGCGGAGCCCCGUUGCAGCCACGACCAAGUGCGCCUAAUUCGAGUUUGAAUCAGCGAUAACAAAUGUUAUCAUGCUAAUUAUAAGGGUUGUGCACUUAGUAAGGGUGCGCGCGAGGAAUAAAGCUGGGCAGAUAUUGUAAACUUAUUCUUUUCUUUGGAGCCUUUAUUGAUAUCAGAUGAUC